AUGUCUGCCAAUAGGCUGUAUGCGCACCCGCUCUUUAGGGACGUUGAUCUAGGGCGUAUGACCGUUGACGAGCGGGUCUCCCUUUCAUACAAGCGCGCUCGCCUUGUACUCGAGACGUAUCAACUCACGCCUACGGAUGUCUUGGAGUACGGUCCCAAGUUCUGGGAUCUACACCUCGAUCCCAUUCUUGCGACUGACUUCGCGUGCUUCACUAUUCUCGCUGCUCAUAUCAACCUGGCGGUCGGCACCAUCGCGCGAUACCUUAGUCGGCGUCCCGAUCUUCGGCCGUUAGUCGACUCCAUGCUACGCCUCGACACGGUUGGUAUCUACCUCCUGAGCGAGCGUGGGCACGGCUUGGACGCGUUCAAUAACGAGACCACGGCUACCAGGAUGCCUGGUGGCGGUUACAUCCUCAAUACUCCGAGAGAGGAAGCCACGAAGUUCAUGCCGGCCAGCACACCCCUCUUCGGUAUUAAGAAGGUUGCCCUUGUCAUGGCACGCCUCAUAGUCGACGACGAGGAUCGCGGUCAUCGCUGGUUCAUAGUGCCGAUCUGCGACGAGAAGCGAUUGUACACCGGCGUGGUCUCCAAACGUCUUCCGACUCGCAGCGGCACCUCUCCGCUCGACUUCUCCCUCACAUCAUUCCACAACGUGCGUCUGCCGGAGAGCGCACUCCUCAGCAUGUCGCUUGAAGCGCCCACCUCGCCUCGCGACGCUUGGUGGCGGGAAGUCUGGCGCAUCCCCUUAGGAAGCAUGGCCGUUGCUGCGCCAUUCGUUCAGGCCAUCAAGCACACCGCGUAUAUCGGAGGUUCCUACUCCCUUCACCGAACCAUCGUCGGACGCGGGCCGGUCCCCAUUCCCAUCAUCACCUUUCCCACGCAACAAUGGCCCAUUAUGUCUGCUGUAGCAGUUGCGAACGUUCUCGAGGCCUGGUAUAAGGACGUUAUCGGUCUCGUCGUUGGAGAUGCCCUCGAUCCUCGCGUCCGUCACGGGCUCUCUGUAGCGGUGAAGACCACCAUCUAUCGUCACUUUCAGUCCUGCGCAGACACUAUAUCAGAGCGCUGUGGGGGACAGGGUACCUUCGAGAGCAACUAUAUUGCGCGCGCUAUCUGUGACUGCAAGGGAGGGGUGAUCGCCGAGGGAGACAUCCUCACCCUCUGCAUUCGUCUCUUCUGCGAACUGGUGAUCGGGCGUUACGCACUCCCUCUGCCACGCUCGGAGGACUCCCUACUUGCCCGACACGCACAUUCUGUGCUCGAUGAAGCCGAGGCCGUCGCGAAGAGCCUCCCCGGAGGCCAUCACGGCGAGGAGUUCCAGUCGCUCAUGCUUCCGCAAGCUGAGAGCUCUGUCGCCGCGUUCGGGCAUGCGAUGGCGUACCAUGCUGCGCGGGAAGCCGGAGUUCCACAACGUAUGCUUGACAUCUAUGAGCUCAGCGUCAUGGAACUCGACUCUGGCUGGUACACUCAGCACGCCGGUAUCGGGAAGUACGAGCUACUGAGGAUGCGAGCGGACGCAAUGAAGAAGGUUCUUCCUCUCCUUCGCGAGGACCUCGACAACUUGGGAGUGGAGAAGCACGUCCAAGCCCCGAUUGUCAGCAGCGAGCUUCUCAAGGCGAGCAUGGAUAGGUUGCCUACUUAUCGCGGGACAGCGGUGGAGGAGCUGGUCGACGUUGAUACAUCCGGACUUAUAUCGGCCAAGUUUGUGGAUCUCUUCUUGAAAUGCACAUUCCAAGCUAUCUUGUCAUUCGAUAGUCUAUAG